AAUAGGUCGGACUUGGCUAGCUCGUUUGCUAAAUCUGUUGACUCGCAACGUUGUGGUCAUUUCCGUGACUUGCGUUUAGGCGUCAGCCGUGGGGUUAGGCGCCAUUUCCACGGAAGACUCAGAGGAGUGCCAAAUGAACGACAGAGAGGAGCCUUCUCACACUCUCCACUUUGCUCCGUCACCGACCGUCUGCACGAGUGCGACUACUGCGUGCGAGAGCGACUCCGACAGUCGACCGACAAGCGGAUUCGUCUCGUCACAAAGCGAUUCCGACGUCAAACUGCCCGAUUCCUUCAUCGUUCGGUCGUACGCACGUGAGGGUAACAACAUCGAGCAAGUUUGGGCGAGAACGGGCAGCAAUGCGAGCAGUCUCGGCGACAGCGGGACGGGCAGCUCGCAGAGCAUCGAGACGACGGGCGGACUCGCCGCGCGAAAGUCUCGCAGUCCGAGCGUCUCGUCGGUCGUCAGCUCGACGGACAUCGACGAAUACGUGAAAAUCCGAAGGGACGACAGUUGGGACACUCUCAGUUCGUCGAGCUCAUUCGUCGGCGUCACGACGGGCGUCGACGACGGACAGGAAAGAGUCGACGACGCACAACCGCAGAGAAGGCGGUCGGUCGUUCACAAGGCGCGCGUGUCCAAAAUGACGGAGAAACUUCCGGCCGGCAAAACGCUGUCGGCGCCGCCCGUAGCGCGCCGUCUGUCGCAGCCCGACGGCAGUCGGACGGAGAGCGACGGCGCAUACGAGCCGGUCGACGACACCUUCACGGCUCCGCCUGUUCCGGAAGACGAGCCGACGACGGCGCCGACUCCGCCGUCGUUGCGGUAUCGCAGCGCGCGUUCGAGGUCGUCGCUCAAUCGCCUCCUCAACGACGCACCCGGAAGCAAAUUCAUGUCGCUGCCGCGCAUGCUGACGGGUGGCAGUGGCGCGUCGACGCUCUGGCAGGAUCGACAGUUUGUCAUACAAGACGAAAUGGCGCUGAUAGUGACGUUGCCGGCGUACGUCAGUCAGGGAAGAAACGGACGCGGACGGAGAGUAAGAGGCUCGUUUUCUCCGUAUACAAGAGUAAAGAACGUCACGAAGAUUCUGUUAGACAGAUGUGGAGAGCAUAUCCUGCCAGGUGUAGAUCUGUCUAGUUUGAGGUUGUGCUACUUUGAUGAGGACAAUGACACGUGGCAGUGGUUGGACACAUCCAAGUCUCUCUUUGAGCAAAACGUGAGGGAUGAGAGAGUGUUGGAGUUGAAGUCCUGCAAGCAGCAGUUUCAUGACGUGCGGAUAGCGCUGCCUCAAGCCGAGUCGCUUAUCACUGUUGAGUACGACCAGUUCACUCGGGUCGAGGCCGUUGUGGAGGAAGUGCUCAACUUGCAUGUACACCAGAUAGACGUGAGAGAGGGCGAGUUCGGACUGUUUCAUCCACGUCUCAGGACAAGGAUGAAAGCCUUCGACAGCAUGGUCACCUACGAACUUCUCCCAAAGGAUCUGCUCGAGUGCAAGCUCAUUGGUGGUAAGCUUGCACCGAUCGUUGUCAAUGUUGACAUUCCAGUCAUUCAGAGCUCAAGACGAAUCAAAAUGACGCUUGACCAGACAGUAGGAGAUCUACAAAGUACCGUGAUGAGGAGACUGCCUGAUGCUAAGAACAACAAGUGGCAUAACUUUGGUCUCUACCUGAAGCCGCGGAACAUGAGAAAGAGCUGUGGUGUGUGGUUGGAGAGCUACAAGUUUCUCUCCACUUACAAGUUGGAUGAUCAGAAUGUUAUUGAGUUUCGUGAGCGAUAUCGGCACUUCACGUUUGAGCUGUUGGUUUAUCCACUGGAAGAUUGGAAGAGAAACUUCAGAGUUGACGAAGCGAUUAAGCCAGAACAGAACAAGAAACCGCUCUUUCACACAAUACGCUUUGGAGUGUCUGAAAGAGCCAGCGUCAAAGAUGUCGUAGAGAGUAUAGUCUCAACUUGCUCCCUCGACUACCCGCAUUAUCUCUACAAUCUCUAUCAUCACAACGGCAAACAACUGCCUGGCAAUGAAACUCUAUGGAGUUACACAGACAACGACCGCUCUGCAGGCGAAAAAGGCUCUUUGGUGCUCAGAAUGAUGCCUCGAAAGAUCACAACUUGUGUGGCCAAUGAAGUGGAGCAAACGACUGAGGCUAUCGAUUGUGACCUCAGUCAGCCUGCUGGGUUGGUACGUGAGAUGCUCUGUUGGCGGUACGGAGUGCGAAAUCCUGAUCUGACGUCAUUGGUGUUUGAUGGUCGAGUUCUAGACUUGACACGCCCACUAUUCCAGCAAUCAGUCUAUGACUUCUCGACGGUAAUUCUCGUCACCGAGAGCAACACCAAAAUUAAAUCCAUCCACCGUCAGAGACUAAGACUCAGCCAAAUCAGCUGCAAGAAAGAAAAAGAUGACAACGCCGACUUUCGGAGUUUGAGAAAACCAAAACUGGGAAAACUUUUGAAACGAAGUCCACCGGUCAAUAGAGUUUUGAUGAGGAAACUGAAGACAGGAGAAGUGCCUCGAGCUUCGUUCAUUGAUGUUGAUGAUGGCGGGAGCUUCUGGGACGAAGGUCCAGAUUGUAGUGCCAACAUCCAAUUCACCACAAGCGAAAACGGAAGUGGACAACCAUCCCUCACCGUGUCCGCAGCGACAUUCAACAAAUUAGUGCAGCAGUUGACUCAUGCGGACCAUCACGAUUUGGAUUUUGUCCACACCUUCCUGCUCUCUUAUCAAACAUUCACUACACCCGAGGUUCUUCUCUCAAAGCUCGUUGAACGAUAUCACAUAGUCAGAGCAGAAGGCAUGCCGUAUGACGAAUUUUGCAAAAUGAGAAUGUCAAUCCAAGUUCGAGUUAUCAAUGCACUGAGACUGUGGGUUGAGCACGGGGAUGACUUCAGGGGAAACUCGGGCCUUCAGUCAAGUCUGCUGAAUUUCAUCUCGUUGGUGCUGUACAGUGACUGGCCAAAGUGGUGUUGUACGUUACGAAGCAACCUGAUGAAAAUCAAGACCUCACAACAGCUACUACCCAUGGUCUCCUCCCUACAGCCCAAACCUCGUCUCCGGCUCCCUGAAAAAGUCAGCCACAUCAUCAGUCUCUUCGACUUCCACCCGGAAGAAAUCGCACGGCAAAUGACACUCAUUGAUUUCAAAAUGUUUGCAGCAAUCAAGCCGUCCGAGCUACUAAAUCAAGCGUGGUGUCGACCGAAGUAUAAACACAAAGCGGCCAACCUGUUGAACCUCAUCGAACGUGUCAAUAACGUUACAAAAUGGGUAGCUACGGCCAUCCUAUCUCAGAGCACUGCGAAGGAAAGAGCUCGGAAGAUAGUCCUGUUUAUUCAACUGGCAAACUAUCUGUACAAGAUCCAUAAUUUCAAUACGAUGGUCGCUGUCAUCGGCAGUCUCUAUCACUCGUCGAUUCAGAGACUGUCGCACACGUGGAGCAAAUUGGAGAAGAUGGACAGGAAGAUGUUCAAAACAUACAAGCAUAUGUACGACUUCGUUGUACCGACCGAUCAUUUCCGAAGGCUGAGACGAGAGCUGGAACACGUGGAUCCUCCCUGCAUUCCGUAUCUAGGCAUUUUCAUGGCCAAUUUGACUCUCAUCGACCAAGGAAAUCCAAACUUCACCGAAGACCAUCUCAUCAACUUCACAAAAUGUCGUCUAAUCUACACGCAAGUUCGAAGUCUCAAGACCUACCAACGUCAGCCAUACAACUUUGAAGAGAUUCCAGCACUCGUAAAUCCUCUAAAAAAUUUUCACUGUUUGGACGAGGAGUCGCUGAGAGAAAUGUCACUAAAGGCAGAGCCAAGGAAGCCGAGGUCAUAGUGUAAGAGAAAUUCCUUGUAACAAGUAUAAGUUAGAAUGAGAGAAGAAUGGACCAAUCAGAGUUCAGAACUAUCGUGCUGGAUCGCAUGGACACACCCUCGCAUAUCUGAGAGAUGACAGUAGUUUAUAUUAACAAUUGAUUUCAUGCUAUUGGUGACUUUCUACUGUUAUUAGUGAGAAAGAAGCAUUUGUAUAUAAACAACUAAAUGUGGUAUAGACCCUCAAGUCUAUUGUCCAUGGUAUUGUAUUGCAA